AAGCACGUGGGUUUAGAUCGCGCUUACUUUUUUGCUUGAGUCCAGCGCCUCGACUCAUGUGAAAAAGUGCGUCGAUCUAACUGCGGACAUGCGACUCAAACAACGCCAGCUGCUGUACGUUCUGACCAAGGUUGCCGACGAUGAAAACCUUCAAGUGGUAGAGCACUCAUACAAAACGGGGGCCAGCUUAGCGGGAAGCGGCGCCUUUUUUGGUGCUAACCUCCUGGGGCCCGUGGGAAUAAUUGCGGGUGCUGUCAUUGGCGGGGUUGUGGCAUAUUUGGUAAUCAAGAAACUAGCCAAGGCAUUCAGCCAGAUCAUCGACAAUAUGUCCGAGGGGGAGAAGGAUGAGCUGUGCAUGGAGAUCGAGCAAGCCUUCCCGGACGCCGACAUCACCGACGUUGACAAACUAGAAGCACGGAUCUCCGCAGACCCGCACAUGAAGAAGAGGAUUAUUUCGAUACUCGAGAGAAACAUCAAGAAGAAGACGAGCAAAGAAAUUACUGAUUUUAGUCCUCUGUGGAGAUAACUGGUAGAAAGGAAAAGUUGAUUCUCUUUUGUACAUCGGGGCUGUCUCGUGCAUGUCACGUUAUGUUGAAUUGUCGGGUCGAUUGUUAGCAAUAGGAGGGAGAUGGCAAAGCGUAAGCUUCCCAUGUAAAGUGGUCGCCUUAUGCUGAUGCCGAUUCAGGCAUUGAACAAAGACGUUUCAGGUUAUUUUUCGGGGAGCCUUUUCAGUGGUAAAUUCUAAA